UCCAACUUGAUUUCCUACCAACAUGAACCGCGAAGAUAAACCUCUCUUGCACCUCGAUAAUAGUGGCGCCGGUCCACUACGAGUUCCCGGUUUCGACGGGAUCCCCCUGGAGUAUGAGCUCGAUAUCGGCCAACGCUUCACGCACGCGGCACGCGAGGACUACAAGAGGAAACCUCUCAGGCUCACUGCCCCCGAAAUCCAGAUGUUGCGUCUCAUGGAGCGAAUCACGGAUAUCAAAGACUGGGAACAGGAUGUCUUUGACGAGCAGACUCUCGCUAAAUGGCGGGCACAGGCAUCCGGUUACGCGGAUCUGGAUUCGGAGACGGAUCAAGAUGUCGACAUGGACCUGGUUACUGCCCGAGCAUGGCUCUGGUGCGUUGCAGAGCUACAAGAUAAGGCAAAAGACUUGCGGGACACCGGCCACGUUGUUGUCCUCAAUGCAGACUCCGGCGUAUGCAAAGCCGAUCGAGUUGUGCCGGAGGUCGUCAGGUGUCAACUCCAAGACGCAUUCAGUCACCUGCCCCAGAGUGGCAUUCACGAUCCAGUGGACCCGUCGCUUUACAUGCUUAUCUAUGGCCGGACCACCGUUUUCAGUCAGGAUGCUCGGGUCCCUCACGCAGACGGCGCGAUCUCGUAUCCCCCUUCCACAAGUCCGGGCCAGACGGCACCUGCGCUCGUUCAUCCCCUGAGAAAGAUUGCCCCAUUUCCCAUAGGGCUCCGCCAUCCUUCCGAACGAUAUAAAUACCAACAGGUUUCAAGUUGCUUUCAAUGGCUACCUUGCGAGGUUGAGUUUGUUGAGUCUUCGGGGACCGCAGUCCGGAUCACGUCGUAUAUCAAUAACCUCCACUCAAGCAAUACCCAAGCGUAUGCUGCUAUCGAGCAGCUCAUUUCCCGGGCUAUAAGGCCUUGGAAUGACAUUCUAGUAAAAGGCCUCCAAGGUCGCAUGCCUCGGCGCAUCUAUACAUGGGGUGUCACAGACGAUGAAGAAGAGCCUCCAAUGGAUGGAUGGCCCCCGGAGGACGUGCUCCCAUAUAAGUGGAGUGAAGACAUCACUCGACGCUCCUGGACCCCCCGGGAAUGGGAGAAUCAUUGUGUCAAGGUGAAAGACUAUCUACAGCUACCGGAGGUGAAUCCGAAAUAUCGAGUUUUCGAACCCGAGCCCAACGAUCCACCUCGAUCCGCAGACCUUCUGGCUCUAAUGACGCCAGAAAUGUGGGCGUCCCCUAAAAGCGUCAAAGACAUCAUAAUGGCUAAGUGGAGGCGACUCCAACGCUUUUCCUACCCCGAACCGGGAGUCUCCUAUUCGUACGAAGACUGGAAAAUGGGCAAGACCGCGAACCCAAUCCUCGGCCCGUAUGAGUGUGAAAGUGAGUAUGAACUGCCUCGAGAUCACGAAUACUACUCGGUGUCGCUAGAAGACCAGUUCCGGCAACAGGGUCUGCAGGUCAUUGUCCGGGUCUUCAGCAUCGAUCUGACGGUGGAGGCGCCCCAUUAUCCCGGAGAUCCGGAAUUCCACGUGGAUGGCAUGCUCAAUGAACACAUUGUCGCCACCGCUCUUUUCUGUUAUAGCUCGGAGAAUAUCACCGAGUCCCGCAUCUCGUACCAACAGGAUGAUGCCAUGGACAUCUUCGGCCAUCAACAGGACCCCUUUUGCAUCUACAAACUUUACGGGCUGCCGCCGUCCCCAGGAAUUGGCUUAGAGCCAGGUGUUUUCAGGCUUCAAACCCUAGGGUCCGUCGCCGUCACUACCGGUCGCUUUCUCAGUUGGUCGAAUACCUUGCGAUACAAAAAACAUCCAUUCUCCCUGCUUGAUCCCAGUCGCCCGGGACAUCAGCGAUGUGUCGUCUUGUGGCUGGUUGAUCCCCACUAUCGGAUUUGCUCGACCCGAAAUGUGCCCCCUCAGCAGCAUGAUUGGUGGCGCAAUGCGGUGUUGACGAAUGCAACCAUGUUAUCCGCCCUUCCCAGAGAGCUGGUGGAUAUGAUCAUGACGGAAACCGGGUCCUGGCCAAUGCAUCUUUCCGAAGCCUUGCAGUACAAACGAAGAUCAGAUGAAGAGAGAGAGGAGGCCCAUCAAGCCCAGGUCGAGGGGUUCAAUAAAUACAUGUUGUGGUAUCAUUUGGAAUUCUGUUGAGCGGGAGUGUGCACACCUAUCUGGCUCGAUGGUAUCCUAGCUCAUCAUAUCUUGCCUGUUGGAUGAGAGUACGCUACAUAAUCUGGGGGGGCCAGGGCGGGUCAUAUAUGAC